UUCCAUCCAUUCUCCACCCCUCUCUGAGGGAAGAAGGAGCAGCCCAGCCUCCGAGGUGGUUUCAGCUUUUGUAUGCUGGCUUCCUCUGCCUUAGCAGCAAGCAAGCAGACCAAGGGAACAUUCCGGCAGGCUGCUUUCCUGCAGCUGAGGAGACAGCAUCCAUGGACCUCCAUUUGAUUAGGAUAUGUCACUGUUGUCAGGGCAACUGUUAACGGUGGCGUAUCAUAUUUUCUCCUCUUGGGCUGCCUGCUGAAUAUUUCAGUGUGCAGUAGCUGGAAAGAAGAAGAUACGGGGAGGGAAAAGGUGCUGCAUCAGGAAGGACACAAGAUGUGGGAUCUGACUGAACAGGUUUAAGGCAGCAAGAGGAGGAGGCAUCUAAUCCGAUGGGCCUUUCAUUAAGGCCUUUUAUUUUGUUUUGUUUUUGUCAAGCUGGAGGAAACUGCAGGCCCCCAUCUGCCAAGUGGAUGUUGGUAUUUGUCAGCUGUUUACGCCCCGCUUAUCCAUACAGGAUCUGUUACAAAUGAACAAGCUGCUUUGCAGCUAGCUAGCUGCUAAGUGGAGGCUGGAACUGAGAUAUUGAAGUAAGGAAGAAAAUAGCAAUAUGCCUGGUUCAGCAACUGCUGUCAGACAAGAAAGACUAAAGAAGGCAGGCAUGAGGCCAAAUACACCUGUUCUGUUCACCAUUAAUGAGGAGGAUGAGCAGCAAAAGAACGGCAAUUCCAAGAGACAGAAAGUAUCUGAGAACUCCAAAGCGGUACACGACAAAAAAGCUGUUCUAUCCAGCCGCCCCACCUGUGCUGCUUUAGGGCAGAACACUAGCAAUGCUGGAGCCAAGCCAGACUCUGCACCAGUACUGAAAGUUGAUGAAAGACAACGACUUGCCCGAGAAAGGAGAGGAGAACGGGAAAAGCUGUUAGCUGCAAGAGAGGCUGCCUGGUUAGAAAAAGAAGAGAGAGCCAGACAAUAUUAUGAGAAACAUCUGGAGGAACGCAAAAAGAAAUUAGAAGAGCAGAGGCUAAAAGAAGAGAGGAGGCGAGCUGCAGUGGAGGAGAAACGACGACAGCGGAUAGAAGAGGACAAGGAAAGACAUGAAGCUGUCGUGCGUCGCACAAUUGAGAGAAGUCAGAAACCAAAACAAAAGCAAAAUAGGUGGUCCUGGGGAGGUACGCUUCAUAGCAGCACCAGCAUUAAUAAUACAGGUUAUUUUGUUGAAUCAUCAUUCACCUUUCUCGAUUUAGCAGGCUUGGAGUACCACUUCAGACUUCUGGGUGGUGCUAGAAAAUCCGAUCCAGACAGGCGGUCUGUUUCAACAAUGAACCUUUCAAAACAUGUUGAUCCAGUCAUUAACAAGCGACUCUCCUCCUCAUCUGCAACAUUACUAAAUUCUCCAGACAGAGCUCGACGCCUACAGCUAAGCCCGUGGGAGAGCAGCGUUGUUAGCAGACUACUGACACCGACUCAUUCAUUCCUGGCCAGAAGUAAAAGUGCAGCAACCUUGGCAGGAGAUGCAGCAUCUUGCAGCCCCAUCAGCCCUCUCUCCUUCAAGGCUAUAAGCUGUCGAUACCCGGCAGACAGAGCAAACCUCUUUGGCACGGCACCUGAUGUUAGACGUAGGAGGACUACACAUUCUGCAAGGAUGAAUAGAAAAGAAAAGGAAAGGGCACUUUCAUUGUCUAACCCUUCAUCUGGCAAAAAAAGAGCACGUUCACCUUCUACCUUCAGAAGUAAAUCAGCUGCUUGGCAUGCCUCUAGGUCUUUACCUUCUUUGCCUGGAAUACCCAAAAAGAUGACUUCAGCACAUGGAUCAUCCAGAAUCUCUUCCGCUCAAGCACGCCCUCCUUCCCCUGGCAACAUUCGACCCACUAAAAAUGAGCACAAACUGGAAAAUGCAAAGAAAGAAAUGCAGCAGGAACCUGAGAAGGCAACUGAAGAAAAGACAGACGAUGGGAAAGCAACCUCCAAUCCCACACUGGUUGCAAAUGAAGAAGGUCCUCCUUGUACAACAGAAAACGCACAAAUUGCUCUUCCAGUUUUGCCCUCUGCUCCUUCGGUUGCUUCACCAUCUCCUGUCUGUAGCAAGCCUUCAGCAGGGACAACAGACCCAGAAGAAGCAACCAGGUUGCUUAGUGAGAAAAGGCGGCUGGCCCGGGAACAACGAGAACGGGAGGAGCAGGAAAGAAGAGAAAGGGAAGAGACUGAAAGACAAAAGAAGGAGGAGCUGGCACAGAGGAUAGCUGAAGAAAGAGCUCGCCGAGAAGAGGAGGCUCAGAAGCAGGAAGCAGAGAAGAAGCAAAUAGAGGCAGAACAGAAGCAGGAAGAAGACUUGCGCCGCCUGGCUGAAGAAAAAGAAAAGAAAGAAAGAGAGGAAAUGGAACAGCUUCAGAAGCAGAAGGAAGAAGAAGCUCGGCUAGAGCGUGAAAAGCAUUUUCAGAGAGAAGAGCAAGAGCGCUUGGAAAGGAAGAAGCGUCUUGAGGAAAUUAUGAAAAGAACUAGGCGAACAGAAGCUGCAGAGAAGAAAUCAAAUGAACAGCAAAAUGGGGAGAUAGCAAAAGAAACAGCCAUAAGCAGCCCUGCAUCUCCAUUAAGUCAUGUGACAGGCGCUCAGGUGCAGCGUGUGCCAGAAUCUCCAUGUAAUGGGGAAAUGGUGACCCAUACACACGUGCUCAUUUCUCAUCAGCCCACAGUAAACCUAGACAGUAAUCUCGACCCAGGAAAACAUCCAAAUGAAAAUGGCGUGUGUAUGCAGGAUGAAAACUUUGAGGAGGUCAUCAGCUUACCCAUGGGGACAAAAUCAUCCAGACUGGAUGCUAUGAACAAUGAUGAGAAGGAGAGUUCUGACAUUUCUUUGACUCCCAUUUUGGCCUUUGAAGAGAAGGGAACAUUAGGGCCAUUGCCUCAGGUAGACAAUGUUCAAACACAUCAAACAGCAGAAGUUGUCUGAUCUCUGGUUACAAAUUACCAAAGGUGACCUAAAAAUCUCUGCAGCCAAUGGAGUUCCUUCCAUGCUAUGAAGGAGUGUGGUAGUUUUUGCACUCUCGAAUUUUCUAAAGAUUUCUUGGAUUUUUUUUAAAACAUAGUAAAAAUCAGCAGAAGAAUUUCGUGGGAAUAGACUUGGAUUACCUUUCUAUCAAAUAGAUCUCACUACUAGGAAAAUCGUGUUUCAUGUGCAUAAAUUGCUUUUAUCCAGCAAGUACCUUUGGUUAGCAUAAUGGAUAUUUUCUGCAUUCUUGAAGAGUUUAACUGGAUUCUAAUAACAAUGGGCUGACUGGGGUAUGCACUUGUCAUUGGUUUUGUAUUGUUUUGGAAGAUGGGUAUUUUGGUUUUAAAAGGUAUAAUGUAAAAUCAGCACCUACUGAUUGAAUACUUGAAAAGUAAAUGCCUCACAGCUCUACAAGUAGGGCUACUGGGGUGUUUUUUUAUUUAAGCCUGUUGGUUUAAAUAUUAUUGCAGAGAGCUCUUAAUUAUGGGGGCAACAUAAAGGCUUCUGUAUCAGGUUCUUGUAAAUGUAACUCCUACAUGGACAUUCUGUAUAUUUAGGCAUCACUACUGUCUUCUUGCAUUUUCUUUUAAAAAUAAAACAAAGCAGGUUUUAAAAUGUGAAAAAUUGAAAGCAUUAUUUUUUCAUGGAUGAAAUGGAAAACCUGUUGUUAUCCUAGAUAAUGUAUUUAUUAAUUUUGUUCAGUACAAAUAAAUCAGAAAAA